GCAGACCACGCCCCCUCGCAGACCACGCCCCCUCGGUUCACUCACUGUCCAUACAAGACAGACAGAGCUGUCCCACUCCAAGCUGUCCUCCUGUAGCUGUGACCCAACCAAGACACAACCGCUCAGGAGGCCUGGGAUCAUUCACUUGGAAGAUCUUCCCAGCAUGUUGCCACAGCACCUGAAGCAGAUCAGAGUCCUGAUGCUCAACGACAAGGAGAACUCCGAGAGGACCUUGUUCCGACUGGAACAAGGGUUUGAGCUCCAGUUCCGCCUGGGUCCAACCCUUCAGGGGAGGAGGGUUGUGGUCCACACCAACUACCCGCUGGAAGGACAGCCGUUCAAACGGACCUCCUUCCGUGUCCUGGACUGGGCUUUCCCAACAGGAGGGGACGAUGACUCUGAUAAGUUCUGCACUCUGGACCUCAAGAUCGCCGGGUCCUACCAGUACUACUUUGGAUAUGGUUCCCACAGGGACACGGAGAGGUCAGGAGGAGGGUACAUCGUAGUCGACCCAGUCCUUCACAUUGGAGCAGACAAUCACAUCCUCCCAUUAGACUGCAUCACCAUCCAGACUUACCUGUCCAAAUGUCUGGGGCACCUUGAUGACUGGUCGGACCGACUGAGAGUAGCCAAGGAGUCAGGGUACAACAUGAUCCACUUCACGCCUCUGCAAACUCUGGGAGAGUCCAGGUCCUGUUACUCUCUGGCAGAUCAGCUGACCUUUAACCCGGAGUUCGGUUCUGAGAGUCGGAGCUACAGCUGGGAAGAUGUGGGGGCUCUGGUGACCAAGUUAAACAAAGAAUGGAACAUGCUGUGUAUUACAGAUGUGGUUUAUAAUCAUACUGCUGCUAACAGUGUGUGGAUCAAAGAACAUCCCGAGUGUGGCUACAACCUGGUGAACUCUCCUCACCUGAGACCAGCCUGGGUCUUGGAUAGAGCCAUCUGGCAUUUAACCACCAGAGUAGCCCAGGGACGCUACGUGGCUAAGGGACUUCCAGCUGAGAUUACCCAUGAGCGCCACCUGAACGCCAUCCGCAGUGUGCUGUGGCAGGACGUGUACCCUCAGAUCAGGCUGUGGGAGUUCUACCAGCUCAAAGUGGACCACAUUGUGGAUCAGUUCAGAAUCCUACUACUCAAUGGCUCCAAGCCGGACCACAACAGGACUGGGAGGAAGCAGAGCCUGAGGACCAUUCAGGACCCAAACUACCAUCGUUUUGGCAACACAGUGGACAUGGACUCUGCUCUGGAGACCUUUGUACCACACAGCUCCUCCCCACAGCACAUGGAGGAGUGCUGUGGUUGGCUGAGACAGAAAUUGAACGAGCUGAAUGAAGAACAGUACAACAUAAUGCGGCAGCAUCAGGAGCAGGCUGCCAACUGUGUUGUGGGAAACGUAGUGUACGAGCGCCUGGCAGAGCACGGCCCCAAGCUUGGUCCCGUGAGCGCAGAACAUCCUCUAGUUACCAGGUACUUCACCUUCCCCUAUGAGGACAUGACCCUGGAGCAGGAGAUGCAGCUGCUGGACCAGCCAGACAAGACGUGUCAUUUGCUGGCUCACAACGGUUGGGUGAUGGGAGACGAUCCGCUACGCAACUUUGCUGAACCAGGCUCCCAUGUGUAUGUGCGUCGGGAGCUGGUCUGCUGGGGGGACAGCGUCAAGCUCCGCUACGGCAGAGGGCCUGAGGACUGCCCGUACCUGUGGGCCCACAUGCAGAAAUACACGGAAAUCACUGCCACAUAUUUCCAUGGAGUCAGAUUGGACAACUGCCACUCUACCCCACUGCAUGUGGCUGAGUACAUGCUGGACGUGGCCCGAGCGGUUUGUCCUAACCUGUAUGUCGUGGCUGAACUGUUCACCGGCAGUGAGGACUUGGAUAACGUCUUCGUGACCCAGCUAGGGAUCACUUCGCUCAUACGAGAGGCCAUGUCAGCUGGUGACAGCCACGAGGAGGGCCGGCUGGUCCAUCGUUACGGAGGCGAGCCCGUCGGAGCUUUUGUUCAGCCCAGUCUCCGCCCCCUGAUGCCUGCCAUCGCCCACGCCAUGUUUCUGGAUGUAACCCAUGACAACGAGUGUCCCAUACAGCUGCGUUCAGCACUGGACUCCCUCCCCAGCUCUGCCAUGGUGUCCAUGGCCUGCUGUGCCACUGGUUCCACCCGAGGAUAUGAUGAGCUAGUGCCACAUCAGAUCUCUGUGGUGAAGGAGGAGCGUUUCUACCCCAAAUGGAACCCCUCCGCUCCGCCCACUUCCACUGACGAGGUUGGUUUUCAGACGGGCAUCAUAGCUGGAAAAUUGGCCCUCAACAAGCUGCACCAGGAACUGGCCUCGCAGGGAUUCCUACAGGUGUUUGUCGACCAGGUUGAUGCAGAUGUCGUCGCAGUGACUCGACACUGUCCCAGCACCCACCAGUCGGUGGUGGUGGUGUGCAGGACCGCCUUCCAGAACCCCAAAACCCACCAGUAUGACACCAAUGUCCCACCCAUGUUUAUACCUGGGAAGAUUGAGGAAGUGGUUCUGGAGGCCAGGACUGUGGAAAGGAUGGCAGGGAGUUAUAAGAAGGAUGACCACUACAUCAACGGCAUGCCAGAAUACACUGUGGACAUAAAGGAGCAUAUAUCGUUACAGGAGAGUAAAAUGGUGAAAAAAGCAGGUGAGACAUCCAAAGGUCCAUCAGAGUAUGUGCAGGAAAUCACCUUUCAAAAGUUGACACCUGGCAGCGUCAUUGCAUUCAGGGUUAGUUUGGACCCCAAGGCCCAGAAGUUGGCGGGGAUGCUGAGGUAUUACCUGACCCAGUUCAGCCCAAAGUACAGGAAAGGCAGUAUAGUAGAGGACAACCCCCCAGAAGCACUGCGGAAGCCCCUGGCACAGCUGAUGUCCAAGUUGACGUUAGCAGACUUGAACGUCCUGCUGUUUCGCUGUGACUCUGAAGAAGGGGAAGAUGGUGGAGGCUGUUACAGCAUCCCAGGAUGGGAGAGCCUCAAAUAUGCUGGACUGCAAGGUCUGAUGUCCGUGCUGGCUGAUAUCCGGCCCAACAAUGACCUGGGCCAUCCUGUGUGUGACAACCUGAGGCAGGGGGACUGGCUGAUGGACUUUGUGUCCAACAGACUGGUGCUCAGAGAGGGACCUCUAGCCCAGGUGGGUCAGUGGUUGGCAGCUAUGUUCACCUACUUGAAACACGUCCCACGCUACUUGAUUCCCUGCUACUUUGAUGCCAUCCUGGUGUCAACCUACACUACAGCCCUGGAUGCAGCGCACAAGCUCAUGUCCAGUUUCAUCCAGAAUGGCUCCAGCUUUGUGCGUUACCUGGCGCUGGGCUCAGUUCAGAUGUGUGGUGUUGGACGAUUGCCUGCCCUGCCUCCUCUUUCCACUCAGAUCCAGGACGUUCCCUAUCGUAUCAGUCCAAUCACUGGCCAGAAGGAGCAGUGCUGCGUCUCAUUGGCUGCAGGUCUUCCUCACUUCUCUUCUGGGAUCUUCCGUUGCUGGGGCAGAGACACCUUCAUCGCUCUCAGGGGGCUGCUGCUGCUCACUGGGAGGCACACCGAGGCUCGUAACAUCAUCCUGGCUUUCGCGGGAACGUUGCGUCACGGUUUGAUCCCCAACCUGCUGGGUGAGGGUCGCUGUGCGAGGUACAACUGCCGUGAUGCUGUGUGGUGGUGGCUGCAGUGCAUCCAGGACUAUGCUACCCACGUUCCUCAAGGGCAGGACAUCCUUCGCUGUCCUGUCACACGCAUGUACCCCACGGAUGACUGUGAACCCAUGACCCCUGGACAGGUGGAGCAGCCUCUCUAUGACGUCAUCCAGGAGGCUCUACAACGCCACCUAGAGGGAAUUUCCUUCAGAGAGAGAAAUGCUGGACCCCAAAUAGACAUGCACAUGAGAGAUGAAGGCUUCCACGUGGUCGCUAAGGUGGAUCCAGCCACAGGUUUCGUGACUGGAGGAAACCGCUUUAACUGCGGCACGUGGAUGGACAAAAUGGGAGAAAGUGACAGAGCAAAGAACAAAGGCAUGCCUGCUACUCCAAGAGAUGGAGCAGCAGUGGAAAUAGUUGGUCUGAGUAAGUCAGCUGUUCGUUGGGUGCUGGAGCUGCACGCCAAAGGGCUGUUCCCUUAUGAUGGAGCCAAAGUCCAGAGAGAGGCUAAAGAAGUCUUCAUCUCCUACUCCCAGUGGAACCAGCAGCUCCAGCAGUCUUUUGAGGCAGGUUACUGGGUGUCUGGAGACCCUCAGGAUCCCAAUGAAAAGCAUCCUGAUCUGGUGCAUAAAAAAGGCAUCUAUAAGGACAGCUACGGAGCCUCCAGCCCCUGGUGUGACUACCAGCUGAGACCCAACUUCACUAUUGCCAUGGUGGUGUCUCCAGAGCUGUUUACACCGGAGAGAGCCUGGGGCGCUCUUGACGUGGCUGAAAAGAAACUACUGGGACCACUGGGAAUGAAGACACUUGACCCAGAUGACAUGGUGUACUGUGGUGUCUAUGACAACGCUCUGGACAACAACAACUACAACCUGGCAAAAGGCUUCAACUAUCACCAAGGACCCGAGUGGCUGUGGCCGGUGGGCUACUUCCUGCGUGCUAAACUGUACUUUGCCAAGAAGCUGGGAGAAGAGACCUACGCUGCAACGGUUACCGCGGUGAAAAACAUUCUGUCACGGCAUUACACCCACCUGGAGAGGUCUCCAUGGAAGGGCCUCCCAGAGCUCACCAAUGAGAACGGCCAGUUCUGCCCGUUCAGCUGUGAGACCCAGGCCUGGUCCCUGGCCACCGUGCUAGAGGUCCUCUAUGACCUCUAGCUGCCCCCCUGACCUCAUGACUCCCCCACUGGUACACGAGUCUGUGGUUCGCUGUAAAGGUCACCUUGAACACGUUGCUGGCUUUUUAACCACGGUAUGAUUUAGGUAAAUAAUUCCUUGUGAUCCUUUCCUGCUCACAGGCCGUUCAUCUAAACGUUGCCCUGUGCACAGCCUGCCUUUUAGUCACCUCUGACCUCAUGUACCCUAAUGACAGUACUGCAGUCAUGCCCUCACACAGACAACAUGAGAAGUUUAAGCUGCUGAAUACAAAAUCCAAUGUCUACCUGAGCAGAGACAGAAGUGUGUGUUGUAACACGAGGCUGUACGUGCUCCCCUUGUGUUUCCAAGGCACCUUUUGUUCUUGAGCAAUCCCUCAGUCGUAGAUAUGCUGUGAAUUCAGCCCCUUUAAACAUGUAAUUGAACCUUAAUCUCCUUGUUGGUGGCCUAUUUGAGUUCACCUCUUUUACAGAUGACAUACAUGUAGCAUACUUGCAUCAUUUAGACCAGUAGCAGGUCCUGAGCUCAUGUGGUGAAAGUGUUCUUCCAUGUUCACUGCUGGUGAACUGACACAUCAACAAUGCCUGAUUGAGAUCACACACUGUAGGUGAUUGAUCAACUCAAAUCUUAACCAAAUUAACAUUUUCGUUUAAUGAAUUAAUUGAAUUAGUAGAAGAGGACAACACACAGUGAAGUAACACUGUGUGUAUUAAAGGAUCUAAUGAUAAAUAAUGGAAACCCUCCCACUGUGAGAAGCAUGUGUACCUGCCGUGUUGUUUGUGUAUUGUUCUGAAUAAACUGUUACAUCACGGACCCCCA